AUAGCAAGCAAAUAUCUACCAACAGUCGUCGUCGCCGGCGGAUUGCCGGCCGACCGGCCACCGAGAUCGGCGUAUUCUGAGAAUGGACCGGCAGGGCGGAACUAGCGUAGGUGACGGUGCAGUUGGAAGAAUCGGAGAGUGGAGUGGUGAAUAGCAGAUAACGAUUUGGCGGUUGAAUUUUGAAUUCUCAAUCCCGCCAUUAAAAAACCGUCACAUUCUCCACUCCAACCUGCUCUAUAACUGCUCAAUCGAUCCAUUGCUGCUCAAUCUCCGAUUAUCUUCGCGUAAUUUGGCAUGUAUCGGAUUGUGAUUCAAGUUCCAGGAUCAAUGGCGUCGCUGAAAUCAUUCGUGGAGCACUCGUACACUCCCAUCGCUCUCCGAUCGUACGCGGCGGAGUUCAUCUCCACUUUCCUCUUCGUCUUCGCUUCCGUCGGCUCAACCAUGGCUUCUCAUAAGAUGUCGCCGGAAUCCGCCUCCGAUCCGGCGAGUUUGGCGGUUACUGCAACGGCAAAAGCCUUCGCACUCUCCGCCGCGGUUUACAUCUCCGCCAACAUCUCCGGCGGCCACGUCAACCCCGCCGUGACGUUCGGAAUGGCGAUCGGAGGACACAUCACUGUUCCGAUGGCUAUUCUGUACGGAAUCUCACAAAUGUCCGCCUCUGCCCUAGCUUGUCUUCUCCUCAAAAUCACCACAGUCUCUUCGGCCGUGCCGAUCCAUUCCUUCCCCUACGAAAUGACCGGCUUCGGCGCCGCCAUGCUCGAAGCCGUGACGACGUACGGACUAGUCUACACGUCAUUCGCGUCUGCAGACCCGAGGAAGGGACGAAGCAUAGCCGUCGGAUCGUUAUCCGUAGGAUUCAUCUACGGCGCCAAUGCGCUGGCGUCGGGGCCAUUCACCGGCGGCUCAAUGAAUCCGGCUUACUCAUUCGGCGCCGCGUUAGUCAGAGGAAAUUUCAGAGAUCACGGCGCGUAUUGGGCCGGUCCUCUCGUCGGCGCCGCCCUAGCCGCCAUCACCUACGACUACCUUGUCUUCCCGGCUCAACUCCCCGACCGCCGGCCCGACAUUUCCGACGGCGAUGAAGUCUGAACAAUCAAACCAGGUUAGCCACUGUUCUUCUUCGUUAGGAUCUCUCUGCUUAAUUUAAUUCUAAACCUUAUUGUAUGAAUUUCGAUCUUUGCUAGUAAAAUCUA